AUGUCAAAUCUAAUUCGUCUGGUAGUCAACAACUACAAUGAAAUUCUGGAGGCCAACAAAGAAAUCAUGGUGGAUUCUUGGCCCAUGAUGAGCUCCCCUGGUCCAAUGCUGUGCAUCGUAGGGACCUACUUGGCGUUCGUUUUGAAAGUUGGACCGAAAAUGAUGGAAAAGAGGCCAGCUUUCCAAUUGAACUCCCUCUUGAUCGCUUACAACGCGCUUCAAGUGAUUUUCAGUAUUUGGUUGACGCUUAAGUCAUUGGAACCGGGUGUAGGACUGCUCAUGUUUUCCCCUAAAUGCAACAACUCGAAUCGAACACCUACGGACUUGAACGUCCAAGCCGCGCUAACGAAAGCAGCUUGGUGGUAUUUCAUCGCUAAACUCGUUGAGCUUCUGGACACGGUGUUCUUCGUUCUCCGAAAGAAGCAAAAUCAGGUCACCUUUCUGCACGUUUACCACCAUACGAUGACCUCGGUAUUCUCGUGGUGUUAUCUCAAGUUUCUGCCCGGAGAGCAAGGUGCUCUACUUGGUUUUUUGAAUUCCUUCGUGCACAUUGUCAUGUAUUCGUACUACCUGAUCGCAGCUCUGGGCCCUGAAUACAGGAAAUACCUGUGGUGGAAGAAAUACAUGACCUGGAUUCAGCUGAUACAAUUCGUAAUUAUGCUCGGAUACUUAAUGAUGAUCCUCGCGAUGGAUUGCAAGGUGCCAAAAGCUCUCACGUAUUUCUUCAUGACCAACGUGGUGAUCUUCAUCUACCUGUUCAGUGACUUUUACCGAAAAGCCUAUAAAAAAAAGAAAGUGUAA